ACAUCUCUAUCCUCUACCAUACUCUCUCUCCCUUAACCUUCGCACCCCCGGCGCUCGUUAGCACUCCACAAUGGCCUCUGCUCGUGCUCCUCCACCAAAGCCCCUCGACCUCGAAAUCACGAUCGUAUCAGCCAAACACCUCAAGAAUGUAAACUGGCGGAACGGCGAACUCAAGCCCUACACCGUCUUCUGGAUCGAUCCGGACCGGAAACUCGCCACCAAACCCGACGACUCGGGCUCGACUCGGCCGGUCUGGAAUGAGCGGUUCACCCUCGCCAUCAACCUCCCCCUCCAUGAAUCCUUUCUCACCUUCGAGAUCUUCCACUCCAAGCCCUCCGAAACCCCCAAACCCCUCGUCGGGUCCGUCCGCUACCCGAUCAAGGACCUGAUCGACUCGGACGAGACAAACAAACUCAUAACCCUCGAGCUACGCCGCCCGUCGGGUCGCCCCCAUGGCAAGAUCCGGGUAAAACUCGCCGUCCGGGAGCGCCCCGUCCCGCCCACGCCUGAUUACCAUAUUGCCCCUUCUUAUUAUUACUCGAGCGCCCCUCCACCGCCGCCGGCCCGUGAUUACAGAGGUGGGUUCUCGCCAUCUUCGUAUGGGAAUCCUCUCCCACCUCCGCCAGUCCCACCGCUGCAAUCUCAGUAUCCGUAUGGGAAUUACGCCGACCCGUACUCUGGGUACUAUCCUGGAUACUACUCACCGUCGCCACCGCUGCCGCCGAGGCCGUUCUUUGAUCGGGUGCCUGGUUAUGGUAGUGGGCCAAGCGGGCCAUCUGCGCCUGUGGAUUUCUCAUCAUCGGCACCAUCGGGUGCUUCUUUAUACGAGCAGAAGCCGAAAGGGGGUAAAAUGGGAUUUGGCACGGGUCUGGCCGUGGGGGCUGUAGCAGGGGCUUUGGGCGGUUUGGCAUUGGAGGAAGGGUUGAAGUAUGAAGAAGGGAAGAUUGCCGAGAGGGUCGAGAGUGAUCUGGCAGGCAGGGAUGAUUUCAGCGAUUACCAUGGCGAUUACUGAAAUGGGUUUGUGUUUGCAAGAGGUAUGAUCGAAUAAUUCGGAGCGCUUGGUUUUUUUUUUUUUUUUUCAUGUGUUUCAAACUUGUGUGCUGUGUAUAUAAUCUGUGACGCCUUUAUGCUUGUGGGUCUUGCAAAACAUGGCAAGUUAUGGUAACUUGAUAGAGAAUGUAUGGAAUUUAUGUAAGUUUCAGGCUUUUCAUGGAAUGGAAGAAUUCAAGAUGCUGUUUAAUUGA